AGAAAAGAAAAUACAAUACUCGUUAAACGCUUACCAUUUUACAGUUUCUAACCAGACGAAGACUCCGAACAACACAGUCUCGUCAACAAGAUUGAAUUUCAUUUUUUUGGGUAUAAUCACACAGAAUUUGCAGAUAAUCGCAAUAAUGCCGUCAUUGCAAACCUCAUUACCUCCAGAACUCGCCAACAAUGCCAUCAGACUUUACCGUGAAUGCCUCCGACGAGCUAAAUAUAUUGGCGCUAAGCAAUAUAACACAGAACUGUUGGUUGACUUGGUGAGACAGCAAUUCAGAAGAAACAUGCAUGAGACAGAUCCAGAGAAGAUUCAUAAGUUAAAGGAUGAUGCGGCAAGAGGACUUAUAAAUCAUAUGCUGUAUGAGUCAGAAAAACUAUCUGGUCGUAAGUUCAGCAAAAGCUAAGAUUUUUUACUUCAUUGCAUUGAAGAUUAUGGUCCAUUUGUUGGUGUUGAUGCUCUUUUCAUUGAGUAUGUUGUAAUAACUGAUUUUAGUACUGUGAUAGUGCUAUGCAUUUUAGUGGUAUAAAAUACUUUGGAAAAGUAUUGAGCUAUUCCAAUUGUACUGGACCAUAUUAGAAGAGACUAGGUCGAACGAGCUUUUAAGAUUUUGCUACGAUGUGUCAUCCAACUGGCUGUUAUAGAAGUUGGAACAAUUGAUUUAUUUUUGUCCUUUUGGAUCAAAUCUUCGACAUCACUACGAGCUGAUAUAAAUAAGAAAUCUAUAUUGUUCUAA